CACUGAACUAACAAAACGUCAACAAAUUUUGAGGUUAGGCGUCGCAUCGUUUUGGUUUACUUUUGUUAUUUUACGUAUUAUGUAGAAUUAUAUUAAUAAAAAUGAAUUCACCGAGCCACGAAAACGAAGAACCAUCUUCCACAAGUGCGGUGGCGGAGGCCGACACUGGCGGCAUCAGCGGUGACAAGAGUGCGUCGGAGAAGCCUCGGCCGCCCGCCAAGCGGCGCCUCUCCAAUACGGUGAUCGAGAUCUCUGAUACCGAAAGCGAUGAUUCCGAUGUUUGUGCCGUCAAUUCGUACCAAGCCUCGGCCGACGAAGUCAAGAGAAUCCGUGGGGAUGAGUAUUCUUCGUCGUCAUCCUCAUCAGACUACAGUUCCGACUCGGAGUCACCGUGGGAGGACGACUCCGUACUGCUGGAGGAUGAGAAACUGACCGGAAAGCCAGUGCGGGCCUUCCUCAACCCCAGAGCUAACAGGAUGGAAGAUCCAAAGCUCAACCCUACCUUUAAGGCUGAAGAAUUCAUAGAAAGACUGUCAUCACACUGGAAAGACUUUAAAGACCACAAAAGUGAUGGGGUAACAUUAACAUCGGAGCCGUUCCGCCUGUGUAGGCUACACAACCUGCUCUCCAACCCGGACAUCAUCAACAACAUUGUUGAUGAUAUGAAUACCCUGGACUGGACUCGGAAGAAGAUGGAUUUGUAUGAGUUCCACCAGACAGCGGACCUGGCAAGCCUCACGUGGCAGCGGAGUAUCCGUGGGAUCUAUGAACUUUUGAAGACUGAAGUUAUGAGUUUGGUAGCCAAGGUGACCGGACUAGAGCUGCGCUCCGUCUCCGCCUCGUGUUCACUGUACGGCCCCGGAGACCACCUGUUGGUACACGAUGACAUGCUGGCAGAUCGCCGGGUGGCCUUCAUCUUGUACCUCGCGCCCUGGACACCUCCUGUAUCCAAUGGAGUGGAGAAUGGAGCUAGUAAUCAUUGUGAUAAGGAAGAGGAGGAAAGCGGUCCGGGCUGGCGCUGGGAGAUGGGCGGCGCGCUGGAGCUACUGUCGCGGGGCGCCGGCGGGCAGCCCGAGCGGGUGCGGCGCCGCGUGCUGCCGCGCAACAACACGCUCGCCUUCUUCAGGGUCGCGCCCGACUCCUUCCACCAGGUGGGCGAAGUGUUGUCGAUGGAGCUGCCCCGGCUGUCCAUCAACGGCUGGUUCCACGGCCCCGCUCCCCCCGCGUCCCCCGAAGCCCCCGCCGCCCCCGAGCCCCCCGCAGACCCCGAGCCGCCGCCCAAACUACACAACGAAGUGGUACUCCUGAACGAGUGGAUCGAGCCCACGUACAUGUCUCCUCGCAACCGAGCUCAGAUCCAGGCCCAGAUGGAGCGGGAGAGCGAAGCCAGCCUCCAAAACUUCCUGCAGCCGCACAAAUACCAGGAGCUGGUCACCGCACUCAGGGAUCCUGCGGUUGAAUGGGAGCUGGUCGGUCCUGCGAACCAGCGGCACCACGAGCGGAUUUCCGAGUCGUGGCUCCUGUCACAGGACGAGAGUCACGCGGCGCGCGCGCUGCUGCGGCUGCUGAGCUCGGCGGCGUGCGCGCGCCUGCUGGCCGACUGCACCGACCUGGCGCUCAGCGCGGCGCGCGUGGAGCUGCAGCGCUGGCGGCCCACACACUACACGCUGGUGCCGCCGCGGGAGCAGUACCAGCACGCGCGGCUGGAGGCGCUGCUGUACCUGGGCGUCCCCGAGCGGGGGCUGUGCGGGGGAAGCACCACCUACUUAGCCCCGGAGGAAGACACGGGCUCUACGCCGUCGGGCAUGGACGGCGCGCUGGUGACGGUGCCGGCGGUGAGCAACGCGCUGAGCCUGGUGUACUGCGACGCGGGCGCCGCCGCCUUCACCAAGUACGUGGCGCGCCUCGCCGCCGCCGCGCGCCGCGCACACUACCUCGUGCGCGCCGUCUACACCGAGUGACUGCCGCCCCACUGCAUACGACACUACACUACUCUAUACUAGCUGGACGGGACAUAGUGACUGCCGCUCUACUCUAUACUACUCUACACUACUCUAUACUAGCUGGACGGGACGGUCUUUAUAUUGCAACUAGCGACCCGCCCCGGCUUCGCACGUGACUGCCGCUCUACACUACUCUAUACUACUAUACUACCUGCAGGCCAAUUCUGCUAUUUGUUAACCGAAACAGUUCGGCUGCGUUUCGUCUUGGUUACAGUUGCGUUUAUAUUAUCAAACGGUAUUCCAGUAACUUUACGUUGAUAGCUGAAACGCAAAUGAAACGGAAGCGGUUGGUUAUUUGCUGCCGAUGCAAAACCGUAACUUUGGACAAUUCAACCAAUGCAGAACCGUUGCGUUUCGGCCGGACCAACUGUCAAAAUCUUAUCAGAAUACGAAAUAAUAGCCGAACGGCAAACGGAAGGUUACGUGUCCUUUAGCAGAAUACGACAACCGAACCGUUUCGGCUGCGUAACCAAUGCGUUACGGCUUCGUUUUGACAAAUUGUUAGUAGAAUACCAAAAGUUGUCAUCAAUGCGUUUCAGAUCCGCUUCGGAUUAAAAUAAAAUAGCAGAAUUGACAUGCUGAACGGGACGAUAGUGACUGCGGCUCUACGCUACCUGAACGGGACGAUCUUUAUAUUGCAACUAGCGACCCGCCCCGGCGUCGCACGGGUGCAAAAUUAUAAAUGUUAUUAAACAUAAAAACCUUCCUCUUGAAUCACUCUACCUGUUACAAAAAACCGCAUCAAAACCCGUUGCGUAAUUUUAAAGAUUUAAGCAUACAGACAAACAGACUAAGUAAGUGAUACAGGGUGACAUUUAAAACAACUGCAUCCUUUUAAACAUAGACUAUACCCAUGCUUCUGAGCCGUUUGAGCCUAUUUUUAUUUAAAUUAAACGUCAUCUUUAUCACAUUUAAAAAAACCUCAAAAACUACGUGACACGCUUUAUUAAAGAUCAAUACUACAAAAAGAAAUUAAAACUAAACAUGUAAAUAAAUGUCUGAAAAAUAAAUUAUUUUUCUAGUAUCAAGAUCCAGUAAAGUACAGAGUUGUCGAGAUCGCUCAGAAUCUACGCGUCGCUUUUCCGCCGGCCGGGGUGAUAUUACGUAUUGAGGAUCGUGGAUUUUGAUACUUUUAUUUUUUUCGUACUUUCUGAAAUAUGAACCGAUAUUUUUCUUUUAACGUUUUUAAAUAUCAUUUAAAAGAGUACACUUAACAGUUAAAUUUAUGCAGUUGAAUUAAAAGUCACCCCGUAUAGCGCGCCAUCUUAAAAUAUUAAGCUCAAUCGUGAUGAAUUUAUAUUUGAAGAUUGUGUGCUUUAUGGCAAUACAAUUAAAUCCAUUUUUAAAUGGUACCUGUAAAAUGACAUAAAAAGGGAAGACGGUGGCAAUACGAUUAAAUCCAUGGUAUCUGUAAAAUUACAUAUAAAAGUGAAUAUGUCUUGAUUUUUUUUUAAUUUGAUCUGUGAAUCAAGUAUACACUUAAUUGAAAUUUUUAAGUAACAAAAUUGAAAUAUAAUCAUAAAUGAUUUCAAAACUUCGCCUCGCAUUAUACUAUUUCUAAAUAUGUGGUCGUCCAAAUCAAAAGGGACCUUAUAGCGGAAAUGAGUUAUGUACAGAACUGAAAACUACAUAAACGUACCGAGCUAUAGACCCAAGAACCAACCUUCUAACCACUACCGUUAUUUUUUUACGAAUUUUUGAAGUUCACUGAUCGAAAUUAUAAGUUUUGAGAAAAUCGCAAUUUAAGUAUGCCGUACAAAAAAGUUAUGUUUUAGUGUGAAGUUAUGUAACUGAUGGUAUACUUUGAUUGACUAUGAUUAUAACUAAUGGAUUUUUUUACAAUCCUUGCAUAAACUUGUCUGUUGUGGGAACUAGACCUGCCAACAUAAUGCAUUAUCAAUGAGAUGCAAAGUAUCAAUAAUAGUAUUAAAAAUAAGUAAACCGCCUGUUUGUCACUAAACUUUUAUCGUUUUUAUAAUGCUACUAAUUACAUAGAUUUGCGAAAGGCCUUAGAUGUAAAUAAAAACAACACAUAAUUUAAAAAAAAGUAGUUUUUAUUUACUAGCAAAAAUUCUUAUUCUUUAUAAACUUUGAAAUCUGACAGUAACAAAAUCAACGCUUAAUUACUAAAUAGGUUAUACAUAAUUGGUUAAGAUGCUAAUAAAGCUAAGAGAUCAAUGAUAACUGUUAGUUAUGAUCUUUUAAAGUUACGUAGAGAACUGAACAAUUUCUUCAAACAAAUUUAAAAAGGGCCCUUAUGGUAGGCACUAAACAUUUUUUUUAAUUUUUAGCAUGCAAAAUCAACAUUUUAGUGCAACAUUCAAGAUAACUUAAAUUUUCUUUUUUUAUUAUCACAACAAGGUAUGAAAAUGUUACUUAGUUAACAAAUUUAGAUAUAAAUUUUCGUAACAAGUAUAAUACGUAAAAAAGGACCCUUACGGCGGUCCGUUGCAGUCUGCUGACACUUAUCUCUUAGUAUAGUUAAUUAGUUUAAGUAUUUAAAUAAUGGUAAACAAUCUUGAUACGUUUUUGUCGAAAAAUACAUUUAUAAAAUAAUUUAUAGCCAUUACAAGAUGAAACAAAAUGAAAUAACAGAUGUUCUAAUGAAUUACUUUUGCUAUUAACCUUAGCCUAUUUUAAAAAUAUUUUUUAUGAUAAAAAACAUAACAAGAUUGUUUACCUCUAAAGUACCAAAACAAAAUAUGGACUACAAUAGUGGGACCUUAGACCUAAGACCUUAAGGCGGUAAAUUACCGUACAUCUUUUUUAAGUUUUUAAGGACUCUUUGCUUUAAAUUCUUUUUAUUUUGUGUUUCACUCAAAUCACCAUGCUUAUUAACGUUAUCACUAGUAAUGGGAUGCAAAUCCUCAGCUGCCAUUUCAGUUUUUAACGAUUGAAUUGUGUUAAAUAUUGUUGAAUAAGCUAUAGUUCGCAUGUUUUCAGGCAAGCGUUCUAAUUCAAACGCCACAAUUCUUGCAAAAUCUUCAUUGCGAGGAUCAUUUAUAGUUCGGUUAUGGAAAUUAAUUUCUGGUAAAUUUCGAGUAGUAUAAAAUAUCUCUUGUGUACUAUUACCUUCAUCGUUCCUUAAUGUAAAUGUAAUUCCAGCUUCACGAGUUUGAGUUUCUUUGUGUUCUGUAAAAAGAAAGACCAGGUAUUGUAAUUAGGUACUACGUCAUAGUAGGAAAAUUUUCCCUAAUCAGAUUUUUGUUCAUCCAGUUUCCUUUUCUUACAAAAGUAGAUACCACUGCGUAUCUGGUUUCUAUGGCCAGACUCUCCACAAUAACUGCAAGUGGGUGAUUUGCGUUUGAGAGUUACAGAAAGUGUGUUGGUUUGUAUUUUACUAACACCUGGUUCAACAUGUUCUUGUGUGUAUUGGGAUUGUUCAGAAUUAGUAAGUGCUAAGGGAUCGCUUGCAAUAGCUAAUUUAGGUUGUGGGCAAAGUAUAUCUUGUGAAUGUGCAAGUACGAAAGGUCUUAUUUUUUCAAAUAAAUAUUUCUGCCUCUCAGAAGAAAGGCCUUGAGGUUCGAUUUCUGUAGGCAUACUAUCCCCAAAUUUAUUUUCUGUGAACACGACAUGCGUACUGUGACCUUCCCCGGAGCAAUUUUUUGUGCAUUGCAAUAGCCCUAUCGAUGUAGACUCAGUUUUGAAAUGAGAAAAGGAUUUUAAUUUUUGCAACUUAACACCUUUUGCGUCCGUGAAGUAUUUAACCCAGUCAUAUGUCUUUACAUUAACAGCGUCACCCGAUUCAUUUCCUACCAAAACAGUCAUUAUAGAAUUUGAUCGCUUACAUGCCGUAACCGCUAUCUCGCAAACGUCUUUGACGGUAUUUACAACAGAUCUUCGAAAUUUUUUUUUAAAUAAGCCAAAAUAUUGGUCUGGCGCAAACUUUGUGUGGCCUACAGGCAAAAAUGACAGCUGAAAGCUCUUGUGUCUAGCAGUCAUGACACGCCAAACAGCGUAUUGCAAAACAUAGUUAUUUUUGUUUUGACCACAGCAAUUAUCUGCGUGGCAGAUUACGUUGGUUUCUCCUAAAGACAAAGUUUCAAAAAAAUUGUGGAUCAAUGAUAUCACAACGUUAGCCCCCUUUCCAAUAACGCAAGCUUCAGGAAUUACAUACAAUAUAAAUUUGCCUAAAGGUUCUACAGCGAUACCAAAAAGGGCUACUUUGUACCCUGUUAGAAAAUAUAAUGGGCCAACCUGUUGCGAGUCAUGAGGAAGAUGAAUUUGCUGCGCAAAAUCGAAGGAAAUAUGAAGAACGCCUUCAAAAGAGCACGGAGGGUGCGGGCCGAGAACACAAUUUGAAACUUGCGAAGCUGAUUCUGCAAUUACAUCUUUAUAAUAUUGUCUCUCUGUUUGAGCUUUUUGUAAAUGUUCUACGGAUUCCAUAUAUAGUUUUGUUUUCACUUCUUCGUCCAUAUUUCUUGAUUUGGAAAUGCUCAUUACAUUUUGUUGGCAAACAUGACAAAGAUCUGUACGAGGCUUUUGAAUCACAAUAUGAGGACAAAAAUCAUCCCAUAUUUUGUACCACGAAGAACGACCUACAUACGUUUUUUCUGAUUUUGUACAUGCCUCAACGUACUUCUCGUAUAUAUAUUGUUUUGUCAUGCUACUUGGCAAAAUGUUAAGAUCUGGGUUACUGUAAUAAGGUAAACGCCCCGGGAGCACAAGAGAAUUUUGUUCUGAAAAUGAUUUAAUAAAAGUGACAGCUGUGACACGUUGUUCUAAUGUAAACGAAUGAUGAAUGUUUUUGCUCAAUUUAUGCUCUUUUAAUUCUACUCCAUGCUCAUUAACAUGUUUUACAAUGUUUUUAAACUUUUUCGGACCUACUCCAUGGACAAAAACAAAGAAGCUUUUGCAGACAAUUUUGCCCCUAAACAUAUACUUAACCGCGGCACGCUCCCUGUUUUUUAUUUUGUGCUUUGAUUCUUUUGACGUGUCUGGAUUAUUAUCAACCAAGCAGUUUAAAGCACCCGUUAACAAAAUGUCUUGAUGAUUUGAGUGAAAAUCACAGUUACUAUUUAAACUUAUACAAUCAAAUCGAGAUUUUAAAAUUUCCUCCUUUGCAAAUAACUUGAAACACUGCUUUUGACAGCACCCGUUUUCAAAAAAUAUAUUUUCUUCAAUCGAUACAAGGUCAGUAGUUUCGCCUUCUACGAAAUCUACUGUCAAUAUAUCUCGUGUUAUUAUACCCGUUUCAAAAUCUUCAUCUUCACCAUCAGCUUGUUGAUGUGGUAAUUUAACAUUACUGACAUACAUCGAAUAUUCAUCUUGGAAGGUUCUUAAUUCUGACUCCCAGGUUUUAUGUGAUUGAAUUCCUACAACAAUUUGAGCAAAGAUUUUGUCAAUACCUAAAUGAAAUUCAGUGUAUAUUUAACACAAAAUUCACAUCACAAUUUUUCUUACAAUUUAUUAUGAUAAUUAGAAUAGGCUGGUACAUACGAUUUGAGCGCCAUCUUGAGUCAAGUUAUUCCGCGCGGACAGUAACAAUAAUCUACCUAUACUACUACUAACAAACAAAAAACAAAACAAAUAAAUGAGAUAGACAUAACCUACGCAAGAUUACUGUUAAAAUCAAUGUAAAAAUAUUGUUUACCUUUUAUAGUUAUUUGACAGUUGCACUGGGAUGUACAUGCGUGAUCCGAUGAGAAGUUCUCAAGUUCUUUAUGGUCACCUAAAACAAUAAGAACAAAAUUAAAAACUUUGAAGUACCUAACUUGCGCAAAAAUAAUACAUACCUACUUAUCUAUUUAUUGAUUUGAGACUAUAGGUUUUGUACUUACGUGCCAGUUCUUGAGACUUUGAAAUAAUUGUUGGUUGGCUAUCUGUAGUAUCGAUAUAAGUAUUCACUUCUGUUUCCUCUUCCAUCGCGAUGGUAUAGGUGUUAGUUGAUUUCAAAUCUAUAAAACAAAAAAUUUAAUAAAUAACAGGAGUGAGUACGCAAUAGAAAUACUAAUUCGAUUAUAUCUUCAUGAUACAAACUUACCUCAAGCAUGGACAUAGCCUCAAGUGUAAACGAUAAACGAAUUUCCUUCCGGAGAGCACCACGCGCGAACGGUCGUUCAGUUGGAUCACAAAAUCUUGACUGACUGAAAGUGGGUGCGAGCGACGCGUGCGACCGGCAACCGCGACGCGACGACGACUGUGCGUGAGCGAGACAUAACUAUCUAGCCUUGCUUCUUGUCAAAGGAUACCGCCGCAUAUACAAAGAAUGCCGCAUGCAGCGCGGCGUGCGACACUAAAAUGGCGGGUAUACGAUGAAUAGUUUAGUUUAUACCUACUUUGCAAUAUUCAAAUGUCGAUAAAUAUGGUUUAAAUUACAAGAAAAACUAUUUGUUAGGUCUUGCCGCGAUAAGGUUCCUUUUUUACUAAACUUUAGAUGGAUACAAAACUUUUUUAAAUUGACGUUUCGAAAAGUUGAACACAUCUACAUGUAGUAAAUACAAUCAUCUUUUUAAAAAUACAAUUAAUAAAAAAACGAUUUUUUUUGAGGUAUUUUACAAAUUUAUUAAUAUCUCGGAAACUAGCUACCGCCAUAAGGUCCCUUUUGAUUUGGACGACCACAUAUUACAAAUAUUUAACGCGCACGUAACGUACCUUUAUUUUAUCUCGGACGUUCCGAAUCAUGUUACAAUGAUCCGUGGUCAGCGAGCGACUGAUGUGGUGACUGAUGUGGUCAUUAAUGUACAUUACGUAAGCGUUUAAUACUUGUAUUAUUUAUAAAUAGCGAUUACCAUCAGUUGCGACUAAACAGUACACUCAACCGCAUAUCAAGAUGCCCUUCACCAAACUCUACGACGCGGUAAUAGAAGCAGUUAAUUUGUGUAGUUUGAUAUACUGUUGACAGUACCAAUACAUACAUACAUAAAAUCACGCCUCUUUCCCACAGUACCAAUACACAUCACUAUUAUAAUAUCAUCAUUCGGGAUUCUACGCUAAUGACAUCUCGUGAUGGUGAUGUAAACAGUGACAAAUGUGUAUAAGUGAUGAACUCGGAAGUAUUUGAAUUACAAGUAAUAAUGAUAUCAAGAUAUAUAUAUUUAUAUUUCCACGGUUUUAGGUAUGAUUAAUCUUUUGUUCUUAAAAUAAACAUACAUGAUGUUAUACAUGUACAGUCAACCGCAUAUCAAGUUAUAGAAAUGAAUUAACAGUGAAUUUGAGUAGAUUGGUGUGCCGUUGACUGUAUUUUGUAUUUAAAACAGGUACUGGUUUGAAGCAAGCACCUAUUAAAUUAAAUAAAAGGUGAUGAUAUUAAGUCCACCUGUUGUACAUUUUACGUGCAUUAAGUUUAAAUAAAUGAUACUUUUCAUGGUAAAAUCUUAAAAACUGGUAUUUGACAAUCACAAAAGCAAGAUGAAACAGAUUCUGUACCUGUGGUACAGAUAUCAAGCCCUGCUUGCGACACGACACGACGCGAUGCGAUGCGACCAAGUAAUCUAUUGAAUUGUAUGAAGCAAUACACACAACUAAUAUGUGAUUCAGCAUUAGACACUAGUAAUAAAAUGGAUCGCGAAGUUGUCAAUUCUACGACCAAUUUCAACAUUGACGGGUCGCUGCGUGUCGCAAGGAGACGGACAACUGAGUAAAACAAGUGACUUACAGAUAAUAGUAGCAGACGAGUGUGAUAUAUCAAUAAAUUAGUGUUCGUUAUAAUUUCAAUAGAACGUAUGACUGAUGUAACGUUUUCUGUCAUAAUUCUAUGUCAAACAAAUUUCAGGUGAUCAGAUUUGAGACUGUAUGAGCUAAAAUUUGAUGUUUAGUGCGUAAAAAUUAUACUAUCAUAAGAGAUUUAAUUUUUUUGGGCUUUCCAUAAAUUAUUUUUGCUCUUAUUCUUGUAAUAUAAAGGCUUAGGUCAGUAAAUAUUGUGACAGUAUGAUUUUAAGCGCUAUUUAAUAAUAUCACACUUGCCACGUAUAGACUGCGAUGUCGCAACAUGGACUAUAAAUAUAAAUAAAUCAAAUAUAAGUAAUAUAUUGACACUAUUUUUGCAUCACAUGUUUGUAUCUGCGGAUCCAAUGGAAUUCAAGUGUAUUUUAUGUAUAUUAAAAAAAAAUAUUGACGAAAUUAUUUGUGUAAUGCUGUAGUUGCUUACAGAAUUAGGAUUGCUAGGUGGGUUAAGGACCUAUAAUUUUUAACCUAUGUUUUUGUCACUUUGUUAGUGAUUAGUUAAUCAGUGGUUUAGAUUUUAACCCUAGACUGCAAUGAAUUGGGUUUGUUUUUACCAUGUUAUUCUGGAUGAAAGUGGCAAUAUUUGAGUCACUUUGACUUGUAUAAUGGAAUGAGUGAGACACGGCAACCAUAUACUACAACCAAAACGAGUUGUAUGAGUUUAAGAUUUAUUGUUAUAUCUUUGUAGACAUUCUUGAUUAGGCCACGAGAAGCCACCAUGAUUAUUUUUAAAUGUUUGUCAAUCACUUCUUUGUUCCCUAUUGCACCCUCAGCCCCUAAGUUUAAGAGCCAAGGAGUAACAUUAAUUUGAAUUGAAUGUCGAUACUGCACGGCACAUCAGUGUAUCUGUCUGGAAAGAUUUCGUAUUCCGUGCGCUGUUAUUAAUACUUUAAAAGGUAUUUAAUUUUAUUUAAAGGUAUUCGUACAUAAGUUGAUAUAAGCAACACACGUUCACAGGGGUUCAAGUCUGUAAAAAUUAAAUUUUGUCGAUAAAGUCUUUAAUAGAUUAGUGUUAGAUAUGUUGUCUUCAAUUACUGUGACACAGAGUUGGUAGAGACUGUCGGUGGUUGAAUGAAUAAGGUGCCCGAAUAAUAUGCGUGUGCGCACGGGUUGAAAUACUCGGCCACGUACCUAUGACUCUUCUGAGUUAUGAGUAGUCACAUUAGAUUUGAGUGUUAACCGACUUACGGUGAGAGAAAACGAAGAAACCUGCACAUUCAGGCAAAUGAAUGUGUAACUAUGAUCCAAUAAAUGGUAGGUUCCCCUGCAAAAGUUACUCAGGUUCGACGCUUUUUGCUUCGAAUAAAAACCAGACUUACCCAAUUCAGGUACCAUAAUCACGGGCGCACCCCAGCUCCUAACGCCAAGAGCGUUUGCGGCAUUUUUUAGCCAAUAAAUUGUUCAUUCAUUCAAAGAAUGAUGGAAUCUACCGAAUGUCAAACACUGUAAGACUUUGAUACCAUACACGUUUUUACAGACUUGCCUCCCCCAAGUGUCAAUCGAUGUGAAGUUUGGCCCUAGCUCGCAUUUCAUUUCAAACAUUUUGGUUCAGCUUAUGUGCCGGCUGAUGUGGGCACCGGUCCACCGUUCCUCGCGCUGACCUUAGCAGUUAGUUCCUCAGAGAUAGGUAGCUGCUAUUCGCAGAGGCUCAUUCGAGUGCCCGUAAUGGUUUUAAUUUAUAUAAUAAUAGCUAUAUUUUGUACAUAUUGUGAUAGAUUUAUUAAUUAAAUAAUAAGAAAUUGA